ACAGUAAGCAGCAUGAACAUGUUCUCCUGUUGGACUCUUCCAUCUGACGAAGACGAGCCGCACAGGCAGGUAAACGAACCGGAGAAGAAGGUAAAGAAGAGAAAAUGGUGGCAGAGACGCCAGAAGGUGGAGAUGCAGGACGUGGAGGGUGAGGAGGGAAACGGGGUAAAGGGUGAAGAGAUGGGGCAAGGAGUGGGGCAGAAGGUUUUAGAGGACCAGGCAGACCAAACACCAAAGAUGGAGAAGCAGGUGGUUCUGGGAAAAAACAAACCUGAGAAGAAAGUAAAGAAGAGAAAAUGGUGGCAGAGACGCCAGAAGGUAGAGAUGCAGGACGUGGAGGGUGAGAAGGGAAAUGAGGUAAAGGGUGAAGAGAUGGGGCAAGGAGUGGGGCAGAAGGUUUUAGAGGACCAGGCAGACCAAACACCAAAGAUGGAGAAGCAGGUGGUUCUGGGAAAAAACAAACCUGAGAAGGUAGAGAUGCAGGUGGCCCCACGGGACCUGGUGGAAGAACCAGAACAGGUCGUUGUAAAGGACCAGAGGAGGAAACCAGUAAACAAGGUGGUUCUGGUUUGUGAGAUUGAGAUGAAGAAGUUAGAGCAGGUGGACCCAGUGGAGCAGGUGGACCCAGUGGAGCAGGUGGACCCAGUAGAAAAACCUGACCAGGUCGUGAAAAGGGUAGAGAAACAGGUGGCCCCGCUGAACCUGGUUGAAGAAAGAGAGCAGGUCAUCCUGAAGAACCAGUGGAUGGGACAUGUAAAAAAUAAGAUUCAUUGCAUAGAGAAUGAGAUAAAGAAGGAGGAGAGGCAGGUGGACCCGCUAAACCUGGUGGAAGAACCAGAGCUGGUCAUCCUAAAGGACCAGGGGAAGGGACAGGUAAAAAAUAGGGUGUGUUUUAUAGAGAAUGAGAUGAAGAAGGAGGAGAGGCAGGUGGACCCGCUAAACCUGGUGGAAGAACCAGAGCUGGUCAUCCUAAAGGACCAGGGGAAGGGACAGGUAAAAAAUAGGGUUAGUUUUAUAGAGUAUAAGCUAAAGAAGGAGGAGAGGCAGGUGGACCCAGUGAAUAAAACAGACCAGUUCGUGAAGAAGGAGGAGAGGCAGGUGGACCCAGUGAAUAAAACAGACCAGUUCGUGAAGAAGGAGGAGAGGCAGGUGGCCCCGCUGAACCUGGUGGAACAACCAGACCAGGACAUGAAGAAGGAUCCAGCAGCUUUGGAGGACAAAAUAUGGAAACUGAAAGAGCAGAACCUGGAUAGAGGAAGCACUGAAGAUCCACUGAAGAACGUCUCCAAGGUGUCUUCAAACAAACCAGACCCCCAGCAGCUGCAGGACGACGUUCUUGUUCCCAUCGUCGAAGCCCAACCUGGAGAGUCCGGGGCUCUGAUGGAGAGCGCGUGUGAAGAUGAAGGUGUCCCGAUGCCGAAGUCGAGGAGAACCAGCCUGAGAACCAAACGGUUCCAGUUCUUUAACGUCUGAAGCUGAGGUAGUGACGAUCCGGAGAUCAUCCAAUCACACGCCGACUUUUCCAACAUCAAAAUAACAAUAAAGUGCCUUCAUGAA